GCGACGCUCUUCCUCCAGCAUGUGCCGACGGGCUUCUCGAAGGCCUCGCUGCGGGACGUCAUCUGCCGGGCUGGGUUCGGCGACGCGUACGACUAUCUGUACCUGCCGAUGUGUUUCCUCACGAAGAGUAACAAGGGGUAUGCCUUCAUGAACUUUGUCAACGAGGACAUGGCGGAGCUGUUCAUGCGGCAGAUGGACGGGUACCCGAUGGCGGAGGGCAUGGCCCUGGUCGUGACGUCAUCCCGAACCCAGGGCCUGGGGGCCAACCUGAUCUUGUGGGCGCGCUCCCAGUCGCGCCGCGUCCGGAAUCCAGAGUUCCUGCCGUACGUGCGGGCGCUGUCUGCGCUCGGCAUGGUCCACCCCUCGGAGCUGUGGUCCCGCGGGCCACUGGACGAGCCCAAGCAGCCCAAACCUCCUCGCGUGGCAGCGGCGCCCACCACCUGGGCGAGCGGCGCACGCGCCAGCGCCUGCGCGGAGCGCAGCUGCGAGCCGCCUGAGGCCAACAGCAUCCCCAAGUGCUUUGCAACCGAAGAGCCCAAGCCUCACGUGGCGGCGGGGACUAUCACAUGGACAACUGGCCCACGCGCCUGUACCCACGCUGAGAGCGGCGGCGACGCGCCCGGCGCGCAGUGGCUGCGCAGCGAGAAGAUUCGACACAUCGGUAUCGGCGAGGUCUGGCGUGGGGAGCACGAGGUUGAGCUCGGACCUGCAAGGGCUGGCGGCUUCACUUCCGCCAUCCUGGCCCACGGCCUCGCGAACGCGGUCGUCCUGGAUCGCUUCAGCGUGUGA